GGGCAAGGCGGUCCUUGGAGCGGAAGAGAACCUGGCUGAGGGGCGCGGCCUGUUUCCCUUGGCAACCGCGCGUUGUUGACAUCCUCCUUAGCAUCCCCCGGAGGAGGAGAGAAGGCGAGGUGGGGGGGGGGGGGAAGAGUUGCUUUGGAUGUAACUCCAGCAGAUCAUCUCAUAUAUAUUUAUAUGCAUAUAGCUUUAAUUCAAUUAAUGUUUAAUGCUUUUUUAACGAGUGUUUCCCACCCCCUAUAUUUUUAGCUUCUGCUAUUAUAUCUCUCAGGGGCGAAGAAGGGUUAUAAAUAAAUAUCACACACAAACACAAAUUUAUUAUACACGCGCGCAAACAUAUAAGUGGCAAUUGUUGCUUUGCCAUUUGCAGGUUUUUAGACGCGCCUCCUUCCUCCCCCAUGGCGCAGAAGCUGGACUACCGCCAAGACCUGGCCGAGGACGCUGCCCUCCAGCGGAGGCGCUACCGGGAGCUGCAGAGGCAAAGCCGGGUGUUCGACGCCAGGGUCAGGACCAUCGGGGUAAGCGUGCGGGAGAGGGAUGUGGGGGAAUAAAUAAUAGCAAUAACAAUAAUAAUUCUGGUCCUGUAGGUAGAGUGCCUCUAGCAAUGGGCAGAGUGACUCCUGGGAAGGGGCAAUGGUUCCUUUUAGGACAUCUAGACCAAAGUGUUGAUUUAAGUAUCCUGUCUGCAAAUUUCUGAAAUUGGAAUGUCAAAAUUGAUUUUACUGAGGAUGUUGGUUCUUGUAGCCUGAUCAAUACAAUCAUGAAAUAAAUGGUACCGCAAUGUCCCAAUGAGCAGCAUAAAACUUUUUCAGAUGACUUGUAACUCUUCUUGCCAAUUCCCUCUUGCAAAUGUUAUGAAUAAUCCACAGAAAUAUUUGGAAAACACUGUGGAAAAUAAUUUAAAAACAUAGACAUUCCUUGAAUUAUUAGGAUAUUUUCUUUCUGAUAUUGUAUAACUCACAUCACCAACUACUACUAAGACUGCUAUUUAUCUCUCCCAAUUUUAUUUAUAUUUACCUUUAUUUUCAUUUGUAAUCUUUUGUUAAUUACUGCUCAUUUAUCAUAUCUACAAAUGCAAUGAAGACAUUGAAUUUACAAAAGCUUGGUCACUACCUGAGCAAUGGUGAUUAGACAAAAGUCCUCUCAGUGAACUUCAUGAUUAAAGAAAAUGCCAUGCUUUAUCACUAGCUGUAAUUACUCUGAUAACAGAGUAAUAUUGUAGUUCCCAAAGCAAGUAUGUCAAGUGUUAGUGGCAUGCUCUUAAAAAUCUAUGUAGAGUCAUGUUUAGACAUUUGAGGGCAAUGCUUGGAUAGACGCUUCUAAAGGCAAGUAAAUAAUGUGUUUAAGGACAGAAAUCUCUUACUAAUACAGUGGUACCUUGGGUUACAUAAGCUUCAGGUUACAUACGCUUCAGGUUACAGACUCCGCUAACCCAGAAAUAGUACCUCAGGUUAAGAACUUUGCUUCAGGAUGAGAACAGAAAUCGUGCUCCGGCAGCGCAGCAGCAGCAGGAGGCCCCAUUAGCUAAAGUGGUGCUUCAGGUUAAGAACAGUUUCAGGUUAAGUACAGACCUCCGGAACGAAUUAAGUACUUAACCCGAGGUACCACUGUAUAUUGUUUGUUUGUUAUGUAGGGUGCUCACAGUGAACACAGUUGUACUCUCAGUAUGAACCCAAGUCACUCAGUAGGGGAUGUGAGCACAGGUCUCCCUUAUCCCAUUCCAGCAUUCUGUAACACACUGGUUCUCACUGGAAAUGUACAUGUUUUCCUUGUUUUCCAGAAUGCGUGCUUAAAGUAAAUACGUUGGAUACAUAAUCAGAUGAACACAAGUCUUUAUUUUCAAGCUAGUGUCUUGAGUUUGCAAAAUAUAUUAAUAUCCCUUUUACUCCUGUAUAGAGAACUUAUAAUGACAUCCUAUACUAGGAAAGGAUUAGUCUUGGAGCAGUUACAUGGAUAAUCUGAUCACUAGUUCAUUUCUAAAUGCUUUAUCUUGAAUAGCAGUUUCUGUAUUGAAGUUAGCCCUGCAUAGUUUUGGUAAUAAAGUAAUUUCUUUAUAAUUUAUACAUUUGAACCAGUUUUGUGGUGGGCUUUUUUUUAACUACAGGUUGACACGGAAGCUUUGGAUGCUCAAAUCAAAGACAGAAAGAUCCAAGAAGCAACUCAGAGGGCAUAUGAUGACACCAUUGGUAUAUUUGUUAAUAGUUUUAGAUCAGUAAUUUAUCAAACAACUAUCAAAAUUUGUUCUCUUACUAUUUUCUUCUUAAAUAACACCUUACAUUUUCUAUGACUCUUCUGCUGUGAAGAUGGAAGUCAUGAAUUGCCAACGUUAUAUAAGAUUAACAGCACAAUCCUAUACCCCUCCACCCAGGGCUAGCUGUGGGCAGGAUUCGUGCAUUGGAGGGGGGUUGGACUAGAUGACCCUUGGUGUCCCUUCCAACUCUACAAUUCUAUGGUUCUAUGUCUACUUGGAAGCAAGUGCCAUUAAGUGGGACUUAACCCCAGGUACAUGGAAGAGGUACAUAUGUCUUUCUGUUGCAACUCCUACUGGCUGGAAACUAGGUGUGUUUUUACAGCCAGUAGGAGUUACAGCCAGAAAGACAUACGUUCACCACAAACUUAAACAAGUCUAAUUGUUAUUUCUUUCCCCAGGGAAUUAUGGGAACUGUUGUUGUGUGAGUUCUUAUUGAGAAUACUCACCAAACUCCCAUUCCAUGAUUCUUUGGGAAGGCAUCAAAAUUACACUGGCGUAAAUCCAUUAUAAAUUUGUAGUAGAGAUAUACCCAAUGUAGCACCAAUGCAAAUUAGAGCCUGCUUACUGUUGCAGGCCACCGCAAUAUCCGAGUGGUGCAAGAUUACAGGGGCGGUGUUUCCUUUGGACCAAGGUACAGCAGGGGCUGAGGUGCCUUUACGAUAUAUGGUUUAUUUACACAUAUAUACAACCUGAGCCUACAUCACUCUAACUCUCUGGUUUCCGAGCCUGUUGCUUCCCACUUCUAGAUUCUAGCUCAGAUCACUUCCAUCUGGCCUUUAGCCUUUCUAACUAACAGCCAGUUGAGGGGUGGUGGCCCACCCAUUUGUUAUCUGGCACAGAUCCACUUGGUUUGUUCAUUUAAUGGCCCAUGGCCUAGACUGUCACUUCACCAGGAAUUUGAAUCAUUGCUUAUCAUAGAAUAAUAGAAUUGUAAAGUUGAAAGUUACCCUAUGGUCAUCUAGUCCAACCCCUGCAAUGCAGAAAUCUCAACUAAAGUAUCUGUGACAGAUGGCCAUCCAACCUCUGCUUCAACCAACCUUCUGAUGUUUAGUCGCAAUCUCCUUUCUUGUAACUUGAAGCCAUUGGAUUGAGUCCUACACUCUGGAGCAGGAGAAAACAAGUUGCUCCCUCUUCCGUGUGAAAGCCCUUGAGAUAUUUGAGGAUGGCUAUCAUAUUUCCCCUCAGUCUCCUCUUUUCCAGGCUAAACAUACAUUCAACUAUUCUUCAUAAGACUUGGUUUCCAGUUCCUUGAUCAACUUGGUCACCCUCCUCUGCACAUGUUCCAGCUUGUCAACAUCCUUCUUAAAUUGUAUUGCCCAGAACAGGACACCAUCUUCCAGGUGGGGGCUGACCAAGGCAGAAUAGAGCUGUACUAUGACUUUCCAUGAUCUGGACACUAUACUUCUGUUAUAGUGCCUAUAAAGUGUUAUAUUUUAACAUUUGCUGGAUCCAGGGAUUAGAAGAUUCCCCCAACUCAAAAUACUACAAAUAUGUGUAAUAGAAUUCUAGUGACCGUUAGAAAAAGGAAAGAAGAGGAGCUUCAGAAGGGAAACUUAGCCUUUCUCCUGCCUGCUGUUACCUCAGUCCUAGCUGGCCCCACCCCCACCCCUCUUGUGGACCAGGUAUUUACAUAUCCAUGUGUGCAUUUUGAACCUCACAGGUUGAAAAUCAGCCAAGGCAGCAAGGCCUUUUGGAGUAGAAAUAUGGCAGAUUACCUGAUAACUCACUUACCUGAGUAGACAUGAUUAGAAUUGCAUCCUUACUCUUUUCAUGCUCCCACUUUUCUCUGUAGCUCAAAUAUUUGCAUAUUUCUACACCAAAACAAGUUGGUUCAAUAAAAAGAAUGGUUCUUUAGCAUUUUUUAAAAUAAGGAGUGAUCCAGUUGACCACAUGGGGAACUCAAAAAUACUGAGGAUUCUGAGACUUCUUUUCCUACUGCAGUGCAGAGCCAGUGUGGUGUAGUGGUUAAGAGCGGUAGUCUCGUAAACUGGUGAACUGGGUUCACUUCCCCGCUCCUCCACAUGCAGCUGCUGGGUGACCUUGGGCCAGUCACACUUCUCUGAAGUCUCUCAGCCCCACUCACCUCACAGAGUGUUUGUUGUGGGGGAGGAAGGGAAAGGAGAAUGUUAGCUGCUUUGAGACUCCUUAAAGGGAGUGAAAGGCGGGAUAUCAAAUCCAAACUCCUCCUCUUCUUCUUCUUCUUCUUCUUCUUCUUCUGCAUGCAAUUCCACUGAAAAAGAUCCCCCCCCCCAACCGGGGGUGGCAUGUGCUUCAGAGCAGCAGCCUGUGGUACAGAAGUGUGAAGAAUGGUAGCUGGAAGCCACGCUGCAUGCAUACAACGGGCACCCUGGCUCCUUUGGGAGGAGGGUGAGAUAUACAUUUAAUAAAGAAAAAGUUUGGAGACAGCUCAAAGACAUUUGGUGCCAAAAGGCAUCUCUCACUUAUCUGCAUGGUGGUAAAAAUGUUAGAGCAUUUGCAGUCUGAAAUUGACUCUCUGGAGCAGGCUGUCUCACCCUCCUAACAGCUGGCAUAACCCUACAUGGAACCAUCAGAAAUGUGCACAUACAAGUCUUUGGAUGCUGGUCAACAAGUUUGUAAUUCUUUUAUUGAUAAAUAGUUAAAAAGAGUAUAUGUUUCAUCUGGGUUGUGAAUGAGACUUUUUUCCUUUUUUUAAUCCAGCUGCUGAAAUGAAACAAAAUGACAAAAUCCUCUGCAUCUUAGAUGAACGGCAGAAAAGAGACUCUCAGAUUCUAAACAAAGCUGUCAAUGAAUUUCGCCAAACUUAUCAGCAGCCAGAAACACGGCGUGAAUUUGAUUUGUCUGACCCACAAGCCCUAAAGAAAGAUACUCCAGCUCGUCUCGCAGACAGUGACCCUCGAUGUACCAUAUCUGGCUUGCAGAAGUUUAUGGGAGAAGAUUUGAACAGUGAGAAUAGGUGGAAAUUCCAGAAGGAGCAAACAAGGGAAUGGCUUUUGCAACAACAAAAAGAUUGGGAGAACGCACUGGCAGAUAAAAAAUAUGCUGGUAAUAAAUUAACCUAGAUUUUUGAAUUUGUUUUGAAAGUUAUAUCUCAGGUAGCUGGCCAAACAGUCGUCAAGUUGUUCAGCUGCAUGCCAGACAAAAGCAUUCCUACAUAUUUUUAUUUAGAACACUUCUCCCUGACAUACUAGUUUUGUUGCCUUUUUGUGGUUUUUUUGGCUGGAAUACAUUUCAGUUUUGUCAGCCCUAAUCCACAGUCUGGAGCAGUGGAGCAGUUCAGUACCUAUUUACUGGGAAUAAGUCCCAUUGAAAUGAGUGGGAUUUACCUAAGAGUAGACAUUCAUUGGAUUGCAGAAUCAUAUGCAUGUGAUGCGUAUUAAUUGGAGGGAGAAAGCUGGAUCUAGGGCUUAGAGAAGUUACUGGUUUGUCAGGAGAGCAGGGCAAAUGAAUUGGGUUGUGUAAGGUGAACGUGGAAACUUGAGUCCAAGGAAUAGGCAGAAGCAACAGAAUGAGACAAUAGGUGUCCCCCCCCCCCCCAGUUAUACUGAUUUACAUGUGUACACGUGUCCAAUUCUGUUUCACUAAUUUAGAUGAUCUCCAUGACCAACACAGAAUGGAACUUGAUCAAAAGGCUGUGAACCUUCAAAGAAUAGAUGAAGAAACAAGACGAGCCAUUUGCAUCACUACUACAGAAUUUAAUAAAGCUCUGGUAAAUCAGUAUUAAAAGGGAAAAGAAGAUGAACUAUUAUUUUCCAAGUUCAGUGUAAUAUAGUGUAACAAAGAAGACACUGAAAAAACAUUUCAGAAUACUUAGACAUCCUCUAGAGACAUACUUUAUUUUAUUUAUGAAUCUGUUCCCAUAAAACAUCUCAAAGCAAUUUAACAAUAAAACAUACAUAAAAACAGUUUCAUAGAAUCAUAUAAUUGUAUAGUUGGAAAGGGACCCAAAGGUCAUCGUCCAACCCCGUGCAAUGCAGGAAUCUCAGCUAAAGCAUCCCAAGACAAAUGGCCAUCCAACAUUUUCGAUGGAACAGGCUAUUCUUAUGGAAUGUUUUCAGGGCCCUUUCGGAACCAAACAAUCCCCAUUCAGUUUCUGCAAAAAGACUUCCUUCAAAUGUACAAAUCACUGUCUUUUCCCCCUCCCCCCCCCCUUGGAAGUGGUCAACCUUUUGUUCCUGGAAUAAAACUCAGGACUUCUAAGGGAUAGGGGGACAAGUCCUCCGCAGGCCUGUGGGAAAACUCCCAUUCCAAGUGAAUCCUGCAUGACUUAAGAAUUGGCUCGUAUUUUAUGAUGAAUGAUUCCAGUAAGAGAAAGAACCAACAACAGUGAUAUCUGACAUUUGGUUUGCUUGACUUUUUGAUGUUUAAAUCAUUGGUUUAUUCUGGCUCAGCUUAGGAAGUUCCCUCCAAAAUAAAGUGGGGUUUAAUGAAUUAUGAGCAGAUUUUAAUUUUUUUAAACUUUAGUCUCUUAAACUUUUAGUUGGCCCUUCUGCAUUUUAUUUAUUUAUUUAUUUCAUCUGGUUCUUUCCUAUCUUGUUUUUAAGCUGUGGGUGAGUUUUGAUUCUUCUCUUUCUGUUUUUCCACUUGUUAGACUACUACUAACUCUUGUCAGUUAGUGAAUCUUGUCUGUUUUGGCCCAUUCUAAUCUUUGAGAGUUUUACCUUGUCACUUCUCUUCCUUUGAUUUGCUUAUUGAUUUGCUGCUUUCCCAUCUUGUUCCUCUUUCUUCUGUUGUUUUAUUUCUUUAUAGUAUUUGCAUACCACUUUUCACAACUUUAGGGACGUGGGUGGCACUGUGGGUUAAACCACAGAGCCUAGGUCUUGCCGAUCAGAAGGUUGGCGGUUCGAAUCCCCGCAACGGGGUGAGCUCCCGUUGCUCGGUCCCUGCUCCUGCCAACCUAGCAGUUCGAAAGCACAUAAAAGUGCAAGUAGAUAAAUAGGUACCACUCCGGCGGGAAGGUAAACGAUGUUUCCGUGCGCUACUCUGGUUUGCCAGAAGCGGCUUAGUCAUGCUGGCCACAUGACCCGGAAGCUGUACGCCUGCUCCCUCGGCCAGUAAAGCGAGAUGAGUGCCGCAACCCCAGAGUCAGCCAUGACUGGACCUAAUGGUCAGGGUUCCCUUUACCUUUACUUUCACAACUUUAGAAAGCAGUUGACAGUGCACUUCAGAAAUACAAUAACUAAAAUCAAUAAAAUAGCAAGAUUAAUUUUUUCAAUUGAGUAAAAACAGUCAGCAGCAGGAUGGUUACCUCUGAUUCUCAUCCUCUUGUGUUUCUCUGUUCUAUGUUGGCUCCCUUUUCCUCAGUUCAUUUAGUCCAAUUCAGUUGCUAAUGUUUCCAUUCUUAGGUCUUCCUUAUUUAUCUUUCUAUCUUGAUUCUCCUGUGAGCUGAAGAGAAGGGAUUGUAGUAAAGUGUAUUAGAUAACAUAACAAUAUCAUGCUGUACUCAUUAAGAACUGUGCAUGGUUUAACAAGGUAAAUCUUUUGGAAUAAUUAAUAGGGUUUGCUGUUUUUCUGAGUUUUUCCUACAACAAUGUCUUUUUUAAGGCUGCUGACAUUGCAUCAAGAAGACAACUUGAAAAGCAGCAAGAAGACGAAGAUAACAUAGCUGAGAUUUCAAAUCUGCUUAGAGGAGACCUGCUCUCUGAAAACCCACAGCAAGCUGCCAGUUCCUUUGGUAACGGUCGAGUGAUUCCUAACCGAUGGAAAGGAAUGAACCAAGAUCAGCUGAAAGAAAUACGUGACGUUCAGCUGCAACAAGUUCUGGAGAAGCUGGUAUUCACUUUCAUAUUGCCACUGUGCUACAGUAGAAACUUAUGAAUCCUCUUUUGAAAUAGAAUGUUUAAAAAACACAAAUACUUAGUUGCUUUUCACCAGUUUUCCAGAAUUCAUUGUAAGAACUACCGUAUUUUUCGCUCUAUAACACGCACCCAACCAUAACACGCAUGUAGUUUUUAGAGGAGGAAAACAAGAAAAAAAAUAUUCUAAACGAAACAGUGGAUGUAUGAUUCUUGUGGUUCAUGCUGUGGCCACAGACAUGUGAUCUGACAGUGAGUUUGGAGUAGCCCAACGCAAAAAUCCUGAGGAUCCAUGUGGAUCCAUGCUUUGUAACCACGUUUUUGCACCACUGCGGCGCCAGGCAACAGUGGGUGCAUGAUUUUUUUGGUGCAAGAUGUAGCCAUGGACAUGCUAUGUGAUCUGAUGGUGAACUUGGGGUGACCCGGUACAAAAAUCCUGAGGAUCCAUGUGGAUCCGUGCUUUGUAACCACGUUUUAAGUGGGGAGGAAAGGAAAAGCACUCAAGGGACAAGGAGCACGUGUGGGGUGGGUGGAGAAGGAUGCUGCUAAUAAUGCAGAAGAGGGGUUUAAGGGGAGAAGGAACAUGCGUGGGGUGGGUGGAGAAGGAUGCUGCAAAUAAUGAAGAAGAGGGGUUCAAGGGGAGAAGGCUCCUCUCCUCUCCCGCUUUGCUCCUUUAAAGCAAGCAGGCUCUGCUUUUCUCCCUCCUCCCCGCUCAUCCCCGGCUUAGUGAGCUGAAAAACUUUGCUGCUAUUUAGCUAGCUGAGUGGGGAGGAGAGAGGGACAGAGAGCCUGCUUGCUUUAAAGGAACCAACCGGACAGGAGCCGCUUACACUCGUGUAAGCGGCUGCUCUCCCCUCCCGCUUUGCUCCUUUAAAGAAGCAGGUUCUCUGUCCCUCUCUCCUCCCCACUCAGCGGCUCUUCUCCCGCUUUGCUGUUUCAAAGCGAGCCACGAAGGAGGGAAGGAAGGGGAACCAUGGAUCCUCUGCUCACGACUGCAGCAGAUCCCCCCCCGCCACCUGUAGACAUUCCCUCCAUAACACGCACAGACAUUUCCCCUUACUUUCUAGAAGGAAAAAAGUGAGUGUUAUGGUGCAAAAAUUACGGUAAUUCACACUUAACAUCAUUGCCACCCUGACCACACAAUUAUUUUGGGAUUGCACAGGGACACUUGUUUUUUAAAAACAGUGUAACAUAUCAAGAAAAAUAUAAUUCCAUAACUUUGAUCAUCAUUACUAUUCCUUCAUAAAAUCUACUAACGCUACUCUGUAAUGAUUAAAACUACAAAACAAUUACAUAAUCUAUCCACAUUAACCAACACCAUAGAGGCUAGUGGUGCAGGGCACCAGGGAAGAGGCAGAGGCUGGAUGUGGUGCCUCCCGGCAUCAGCUUGCCCGCCUCUGCCAUGCUGCGCCAAAGCAGCGCCGCGUCCAGAGCCUCCGUCUGCUGUGACCACCGCAGCACAAAGUGUCCAGCUGAGUUGGGAGGCACCACGUCCAGCCUCUGCCUCAUUCCCGCCAGAGGAGCUGCCCCCCUGGCACUGCCUGCCUCCUCCAGCCCCGCUGGCAGCGCCGUCCUCCCUAAAAAACUCUGGGAAACGGGGGGGGGGGCGCCGGAGGGAGCUUUGCACCAUGCGCUGGAUAUGCCCUACCAAUGACUUCAUUAUUUUCUUAACAACCUUAAAAAUGAAAUUAUGCUUCAUCCGCUCAGCCCAAUUCAGGCUGCAGUCCCGUAGCUGGCCAGAGUCUGGCUGAAAGGCCUGUGUAAUUUGUCAGCAGAGUGGUCCAUACAUCCCUGUGCGAGCCCCUGAUACACCUGUGUGUGUCUGUGUGUCUUUGCAUGUGAAGACUGGGUGUGCCACGGACAGCCUUGGAGUUGAAUCCCCUUGUUCCUCUGACAUGUUUCCCCAAAGCACCAAGAACUCUGUAAGCCCUGAAACUUGAGAAGAUGAUUGAUGUCAGUGGGUGGGAACCUUGAAAUUGUACAUGUUGGUACAAGGAAGAGAAGGGAAAAGGCUGCCCACACCUCUCAUCUCAGCUGCAUUGAUCUAGCAAGGCACAGAAAGCAGAUCUCCUGUACCUCCAUAGGUGUGUAUUAGAGUGCAUUCUCUUCUUAGCCUCGGUCACCAAAGAUGAACACCACCAGCAGGGGAGGCCCAAACUGUGCCCAGAUGGACAGAAAGCUAAUGCAUUUAAUUUGACCAACUCUUAAUUUCGUGUUUCAUAAUUGUGUCUUUCCCCCCUAUAUUGUGCAAUUAAAAUAUGUACAGCUAUUUAUAAAUAACAGUUCUCUUUCCUGUUACUGUACUGAUCCUACCUCUUCCAAAUAUCCUAAGAUAAUAAUUACAGGAACUAAUAGAGUUGUCUUUUUAACAUUUGUCCUUAACUGUAACUAAAACUCCUAUUUCAUUGCACAUUCCCACCAAACAUGCAGUAUGUCUACUCCUUGAUAAUUACAUAAUUAAGUAUAUUAGGGUUCAUAUGUUUAUGUGGAGACAUAUGCUACUUGGCAAAUAUUUUAUGUAAAGCUGGUAAUGUCAGUUGCAUGGAUUUCUCUAAAUGUAUUUCCACAUUCUGGGCCCUGUAUAAUUGUGCCUUUAUGCCAGAGGCAGGCAACUUGCAACUCUCAGCAUAACUAUAUGCAGAUUUCAGUCAUGGAAACUCACCAGCAAUGGCCCUGAUCUGCAUCAGAUCCAGCAUAAUUAAGACUGUGGGACCAGCACAUUAUUAGGUGGGUGGGUAGACUUCCUGCCUACAAUGAGGACUGAGGAAGCAGUUUGAUCAGAGUUCUGAGCUGUGGGCUUGAAAUCCACUCUGCCACUGUCUUAGUUAUCCCAACCCUGCCACCGGCAUGUAGUCUGUUUAAACAUAGAAGGCAUGCCCAGCCCCAUUUGCACACGUACAUACAUGCACACAUACAUACAUGCACACACCAUUUUGAUUGUAUGAGGAUUGACCUAGUUAGGAUUGGGGUGUUUCUGAAUUGUGGCUGGCUAUGAAGAAAUAGGGACGCGGGUGGCGCUGUGGGUUAAACCACAGAGCCUAGGACUUGCCGAUCAGAAGGUUGGCGGUUCGAAUCCCUGCGACGGGGUGUGCUCCUGUUGCUCAGUCCCUGCUCCUGCCCACCUAGCAGUUUGAAAGCACGUCAAAGUGCAAGUAGAUAAAUAGGUACCACUCCGGCGGGAAGGUAAACGGCGUUUCCAUGCGCUGCUCUGGUUCGCCAGAAGCGGCUUAGUCAUGCUGGCCACAUGACCCGGAAGCUGUACGCUCCCUCGGCCAAGAAAGCGAGAUGAGUGCCGCAACCCCAGAGUCGGCCACGACUGGACCUAAUGGUCCCUUUACCUUUACCUUUUAUGAAGAAAUAACAAGCAUUUCCUUUUUGACAUAGAGGUUGGAAGAAGAAGAACGUCAAAGAAAUGCGGAGUGGGACAGAAAGCGCAUUCAGGAAGCUAGGGCAGAAGUGCUUUUUGAACGGCAUCAGCAGCGUCAGAAUCGAGAGCUUCGGAGAACAUUAGAUAAUCUUAAUGCACAGCUCUCCCAGGAACAGAAGACAAGGUAAGAAGUGUCUAUACCACGUACCUCAUGUGCCUAGUCUGGUAAGCUAUCAUCUAUACAUAUGACCAUCUUCAGUCUCACCAGAAAAUAGCAGGUAUUGGUCAGGCCUGGUAUAAAGGCUAGGAGCCUGGUUUUUGUUUUUAGCUGAUCAAUAGAGUAGUGUCUUCUGCUCGUUGUUCUUUAGGCUCAGGUUUCUAGUCUUUCCAGUUUAAAACCCUGAUGUGGAGACACCCCCUUCUGGAGAAAGAUCUGCCUGUAGACGGUCCUAGGUUCAGUCCCAAACAUCUUCAGGUAGGGUUGGGUAUGUCUCCUGGAGAGGGACUGCCAGUCGUUUUAGACACCACUGAGGUUGAUGGACCCAUGAUCUGACUCUGUGCAAGGCAUCUUUAAGAGUUUGGCAGAGUUAUUCUGUUUUGAUCAAACUGGUUGCACUUGGUCCAAAAUGCUCAUCCUACUGAAAUUCCACAGAGAACUUGCUAUUUUCUACAUUCAGUGUUCCGUCAUAAUCUUUAAAAAUAAGCAUGCUAAGUUUUUACAAAAUGUCAGACUUAACAACAAUUACCUGUUGUCGUUCUAUGAUACCGUUGAUGCUUUUGGUGACUACUUUACUUUGCAUAGCAGUUAUCUGAAGCGUAAGCAGCACACAUGAAGAAUGAACUUUACAUUUUUAUGAGAACUUUUAUUAAUUGAACAUAUUUAUUUCCAGGCAAGCAUAUAUUGAUGAAGAGGUGUAUUCAAAUUUUCCUUCUGGCCAGUAUUACACACAAUUUAACACCACUAGCCGGUGAUGUUUGGAUCAAUAUUAUCGAGUUGGAUAUAUCCAAAAGGUUUGCAGAAGUACUUGUUUCAACUUCAAAACUGUAAUAAAGAAAACAACAUUAGUAUGUUUUUUACCUGACAUAUGGAUAUUAUGAAACUAAGCCUUUAUAUUGAGCAAGAGGAUGGUGGAUUCCAAAAGGAAAUAUUAAUGCAGAAAUAAAAAAUGUACAGUGAAGUAAUAGACAAUAUAAUAGAACUUUUGCAGUUCUUAGUAAAAGUUGUUGAUACUGCUAUAAUGCUUCUAGAAGAAUUUAUAGAAGAAUUUUGUAGCCCCACCAUUCAUCAAAUGAUUCCAAUGUCAGUUUCAGUAGAAUAAUCUAAUGCUGCCCAAUUCAUAAAAACAAAUACAAAUUGAGCAAAAUUUUGGGAAACAGUAAAUUAAAUGAAUUGCUUAACAAUUGUUCAGUGCACAAACACAUCCAUAUAAGAAUGUUUCUAUAUAACAGACUGUUUUUACAAUGAAACUACUGACAGAAAUAUAUGUUGCAGGAGACGGAUAGUAUGGAAAACAGCAUUCCUAUGUUGCGUUCUGCACUGUAUCAUAUGGUAUCACUUACCCCAUAUAAUAACACCAUCCCCUGUGCAUUUCUCCACCUCCAUUCCAAAUCAUUGGUUGCUACUGGCAGGAGUGGAUAAGCAAUAUUAUAUGUUAUGGAGGAAAACUUGAACAAAGGCAUUCCCAUCUCAUUUGUGACAUCCAAGCCUGUGCAUAAAGAUUCAUUGAAUGACCAAAGAACUCCACUAGUAGGACACACAUAGUUGGUGCAACAGAUUUCCCCUCUCCCUACUGCCCCCAUCCCCAAUAACCCAAAAAUCUGCUUUAGAGAUUUGGUGAUCUUCUGAAGCAGAUGUGGACAGAGGGGUCCAUCAGGGUUGGAAAGGAAGAGGAAGAAGAAGAAAAGGAGGAAGAAGAAGAAGUCAGCUCACUUGACAUUGAAUGUUAUCCAGAAUAUUCAUCUCAACUAGGAAAAGUUUGUCCAAAAUUUGUCUUCAUGGUCUCUUUUCAGACUUUCACAUGGAAUUUUCUCCCAGGAGAAAACAUCCAUAAGCUUUCUAGAAAGUUAUCGAACUCUGUCAUGCUCAGAGUAGAUCCACUGAUAUCAAUGGAUCUACUCUGAGUUUGACUUAGAUACUAUUUUAUAUAUGUCUUGGGGAAGUACUGUGCCCCCUUGCUUAGUUGGGUUGAAGGUCUUUUUGUGUCUUCUUGAACCAUUUUUACUUUUGAGUCAUUUUGUAGAAUUUAAAAAUAAAUGAAUGAAUUCUGAGAAGCGCGGAGAAUUGUGAUUUUAACCAUCAGUGGGAGAACUUUGGCAGUUACUCAGAAAUCCCAAUUCAGUCUUCACUAGUCUUGCAUCUUUUAUACAUGUCUCUGUCCCAUAAAUUUGGGAAGAAUUUACCCAUGGCCACACAUCCAAAAGACAUACUUGCAUGUGAGAGUUAUUUUCUUAUUUUUUUCUAUCAAGAGUUCCUCUACUAAAUCCAAAAAUUGCUUGAUAAGCUUACCCUCAGCUUGAAUACCAUUUGGGGGAAUGAGACAGGGUAGCUAGUAAAGAGCGUCUCCCUCAUCUGCACUAGCAGAGCAGUAAGUGGACAUGCCUGGUCUACAAAUACAGAGGAACGGAGGGGCAUUUUUCUUGGAGUGUCCUGCACCACUUCAGACGGCAGGUGGAGUGGGAAUCACAGUUUUGAAUGAAACAACCAAAGAACCUAAAGAUCUCCCUGAAACCAGGAAACUGACAUGGCAGGGGGUGGCUUGCUUAGAACUUGUCUCUUGAGAUGUAAAAAGUUUUGUUUGCAGGGAGCUUUUUAUGUGGGGAAACAUUCAAAAAUGACAUUUCCUACCUUUAGUACGCAAUAGUAUUGUCAUCUUUAUUACCCCAGUUUGCUCCAUGUAUACACCAAGUCACAGUCUCUCAAAGCUAUAUGAUGAUGUUGCACAAGAUUCAGAGAUACAUUUCAAUGCUGUGGGAAGGAAGUCAGCAAAUAUGACUUAUUAAAUUUUGGCUUGCAUCUGUAUUUUGCGGAUCUUCAGUCAGUGUUCUUGCUGCCAAAGAGAAGGUUGGAUGCAUAGAUAAGAACAAACAGGCAAACAAAGAUAGCAAAAAGGAGCAGGUAUGUUAUCAACAGAAUAUAUAAGCAAUUUACAAUGACAAUGUCCCGUGACGGCAUCAUCAUACACUUUGUAGGGUAGAAUACUUAGAUAAUGUUACUGGUGUCUUCACUCUACAAAACAAAAACAAAAAAAGAAUGCAUUUAUUAAUCUGUUGUGGAGAAGGAACAAAGAGAAGUUUGAGUUAGGAGGACAAAAAUAGAAAGUUGAGUUUUGGAGUCUAAGCUAGUGGCAAUUUUGUGGGGGUGUCCGCCUCUCUCUGGGGAUCAAAUAUGAGGUAGUAGAGCUUUCUGUUGGGAGUUUUUAAACUGAGUGCCUCUAUCAAAACUCAACUUGUAUAUUUGUAAAUAAAUUCAG